AUGGGUUUUUCUGCCAUUUUCGCAGCCUUCUGCUUAUCUAUUUUAUGUAGCUCUCUUUCUUCUGCAUAUGAUGUGACUUAUGAUGAUCGAGCCAUUAAGAUUGACGGCCAGAGAAAAUUAUUAAUCUCUGGAUCAAUCCAUUAUCCACGUAGCACUCCUGGGAUGUGGCCAUCCCUUAUUAGAAAGUCCAAAGAAGGUGGUCUCAAUACAAUUGAGACUUAUGUUUUUUGGAAUGCUCAUGAACCUCAACCUCGUCAGUAUGAUUUCGCUGAAAAUCUUGACCUGGUUAGAUUUAUCAAGACCAUUCGUGAUGAAGGGCUUUAUGCCAUUCUUAGAAUUGGACCAUACGUUUGUGCUGAAUGGGAUUAUGGAGGGUUUCCAAUUUGGCUCCACAGUUUGCCGGGCAUUAAGAUGAGAACUAAUAAUGACGUGUUCAAGAAUGAGAUGCAAAUAUUUACAACAUAUAUUGUGGACAUGAUGAAACGAGAGGGGCUUUUUGCAUCACAAGGAGGACCUAUACUCCUUGCUCAGAUUGAAAAUGAAUAUGGAAAUGUUCAAUGGGCAUAUGGAGAUGAUGGGAAGAAGUAUCUGGACUGGUGUGCUAAAAUGGCAGAUAAUCUCAAAAUUGGCAUCCCUUGGGUCAUGUGUCAGCAAGAUGAUGCCCCAUCACCAAUGCUUAGUGCUUGCAAUGGUUAUUAUUGUGAUCAAUGGUCACCUAAGAACAGCAGUAUUCCAAAGAUAUGGACUGAGAAUUGGAGUGGCUGGUUUAUGGAUUGGGGAAAUAGAGUUCCACGUAGGACUGCUGAGGAUCUUGCAUUUGCUGUUGCUCGUUUCUUCCAACUUGGUGGUGCUGUUCAGAAUUAUUAUAUGUAUCAUGGUGGCACUAACUUUGGUAAAUCAGCCGGUGGUCCAUACAUUACUACAUCUUAUGAUUAUGAUGCACCAUUGGAUGAAUACGGCAAUACUCGCCAACCCAAAUGGGGCCAUCUGAAAAAUCUUCAUCUAACAUUAAUGUCAAUGGAAGAAGCUCUCGUUUAUGGGGAGAGGACAUCCGUGGAUUAUCAGAACAACACAUAUGUCACAAUUUUCGCACAUCAAGGAAAGAGAAGUUGCUUCUUCUCUAACACAGAUGAGAAGAACGACAGGACAUUAACAUUUGAAGGCAGUAACUAUUUUAUUCCUGCAUGGUCUGUUAGUAUCCUUCCUGACUGCUACACAGAAGUUUACAACACUGCCAAGGUUAAUGCACAAACUAGUAUUAUGGAGAAGAGGCCAAAUGAAGCAGAUGAUUUUCAGGAGCCUUAUGCUUUGACAUGGCAAUGGAAAUCUGAGAAAAUCCCUCAUAUUAACGCAGAUGGCAUUCUUGAUAGGAGCUUUAGUUUUGUUUCCAAUGUUCUCAUGGAUCAGAAAAGGGCAAGCAAUGGAUCCAGUGAUUACUUGUGGCUUUUGACCAACUAUGAGCAUAAUACUAGUGAUCCUCAAUGGGGGAAUGACAAGGAUAUAAUUCUCCAUGUGCACACUGAUGGACAUGUUGUUCAUGCUUUUGUUAAUGGAAAAUACUAUGGAUCACAAUGGGCCGAAAAUGGUCAUUAUGAAUUUAUUUUUGAGAAACGCAUUCAAUUGAAACCAGGGAAUAAUUCAAUCACAUUAGCUAGUGUCACUGUUGGAUUACCUAACUAUGGUGAAAAUUAUGACACAGUAAGAGUUGGAAUUCAUGGUCCGGUGAAAUUGAUUGCAAGGAGUAAAACUGGGGAACCAGAUGUUAAAGAUAUUUCAUCAAGCAGAUGGGUAUACAAGACUGGAUUAAUCGGUGAAGAUCAAGGACUGAACCAAGUUCAACCUCGCCAUAUUAGUCAGUGGGAAACCUCUAAGCUUCCAAACAAUAGGCCUUUUGUUUGGUACAAGACAAGCUUCAAGGGUCCAAUGGGAUCAGACCCUGUAGUGGUUGACUUGCUUGGAUUGGGGAAAGGAGUUGCUUGGAUUAAUGGGCGUAGUAUUGGGAGGUACUGGCCAAAGUACUUAGCUUCAGAGCAAGGUUGUGAUGUGAUUUGCGAUUAUAGAGCAGCAUAUAAGCCAGAAAAAUGCAACACUGGGUGUGGGAAACCUUCGCAGAGAUUCUAUCAUGUCCCCAGAGAUUGGCUAAAGGCAGACGAUAAUCAGCUGGUUUUGUUUGAAGAGUUGGGAGGCAACCCAUAUCCUGUUAACUUUCAAACUGUUACUGUGGGUAAAGUUUGUGCAAAUGCUUAUGAAGGGCAUACUUUGGAGUUAGCUUGCCAUGCAGGAAGCAAAUUUUCUAAUAUUAAAUUUGCUAGCUUUGGUUUACCCGAGGGCGACUGUGGGCAUUUCAACGUUGGCACAUGCCAUUCUGAGAAAACUUUAUCAGUUGUUCAAAAGGCUUGUCUUGGAAAGGAAAGAUGCGUUCUUCAUGUCACUGAAGAUUCUUUUGGACCUUUACGUUGCCGGGCUGAUACUUACAGGCUUGCUGUUGAAGCUGUUUGUUAG